CGUUUCCACGGCGCCACCUUCGCGUUCACUGCGUGCUACCUAGCCUGCCCCAUCGGUCUGGUCGGCGCCAGCGCUAAGAAGAUGAACGCGAUUCUCCGCGUUGUCAGGUCGCUUGGAGCUCCUUGGUGGCUAGUGGGCGACGUCAGCGCCACCCCGCAGGAGACGCUGAAGUCAGGGUGGCUGAAGGCGCUGGACGGCAACGCGGUAACUCCCGGAGGCGCCCAGAUAUCUGGCACCCCGGGCAAGGGUCGCAUGAUUGACUACGCGAUUGUGCCCAACAGUUCCCGCCCAUUCCUGGAUAGCGCCCACCCUGUCCAGAACUUGCCGCGGGGCCCGCACAUCGGCUUGGACAUCCGCGCGGUCUCUCGCCUAGCUUCGGCGCUCAAGCGAGCCCCAUGCCUCCCGGAACAACUUGAAGUACCCAAGGGCGAGAUUCGCGUCGCCAAGGGAGCGGGGCGUUGCCGGCGCGAUCGGCAGCGACAUCAGAAGCUCCAGGAGGCGCGCAAUGAGCAGGACCUUCAGCAAGGCGACUUGCUCAACGAUGAGGACGACCACUCGCUCGAGGACCACUAUGUGCAGCAUCGCCCCCGACGAUGCGAGGAUAGCCGGCGGCAUACCCGCGCGCGCGAGGCGCGGCAGAUCGUCGACAACCUCAACUUGCAGGGCAACGACGUCACCACCCAGAGCGUGGCGUAUCAGCAGGACCCGCACAUCUGCGACAUGGCGGCUCAGCAACAUGCAGUCCGGUCGGUGGCGGCCGAGGCUCAACUGGCUGAACUCUGCGGAGUCGCACCUAAAGACGCGGCUCGACGAGGACUACCAGCGCGUUACCGAUGGCAGCAGGCGGCGUUCCAGCCCACCAACUCCAUCUACGGUCACUCGGUAGCCAACGAGAUGCGCGGUCUCUGGGCUAGUUUGCAUGCCAGGAACCAGGGGCAGCCGAUUGCACCGGGUAGAUUCAAGCACUCUCGUUACCAAAGACAGGUUCAGACUGCGAUAUCCAUUAUUUUCUCGAAGCUGAAGGCGCCGCGCGACAGGGAAGGCCCAGUUCCAACGGGUCACGAAGGAGAUCAACAGGGUAAGUGGCGAGUGUUUGGUGACAAUGGUGCGGUCAUUUCCAUGGGUGCCCGUAUACAGUGCAGCACGGAGUUCCAGCAUUGGCAGCAUUUCGCGAUGAAGGCCCAAGCCCGUGCUCAGCGCCAUGCCAGCCUGCCGCGGCGGCAGACCCGCAGCGAGAUCGGCAAGUGGGCGAUCGACAAAACCAAGGGCUCCAUGAAGGGCGCCCACCGCUACCUCAAGAAGCUGGAGCAGGAGGCGUUGGCGGAGACCUGCCUGGACGCCGCCGGGCAGGAGGUGCGCGACGCGGCGCAGGGGGCCACUGAGAUCAGAGCGGCCUGCCUGGCGGAGCGGCGCGCAUUUCAGUCGCACCGAUUGCCAGCGAUCCGCGCUGCACUCGGUGAGCUUCGUCACCGCGCCCACGGGGGGCUAGCGCAGCGACCCUACCACGACCGCGACAGCCUGGUGCAGGCCUUGCGGUCCUUCCCAAAGUCCACGGGCAAGGGUUCGGACCAGUGGGCGCCCUCCCACGUUCUGGCGCUGUCCGACCAGGGACUGGAGGGCACCAAGCAGGGGAUCGGCAACGAGCGCGACAUCGGCCUGCUGCCCAUGCCAGUCCGCAUCCGGGGUCGAAUGUCGAAGACCGCUUUGACAGAGUGGUGCGAUGAGAAGGCAGCGCACUGGGACGCCGCCGUCAAGGACAGCAACGUGCUCCAGGCCGCGGUGCUCGCCAUG